AGGACACAAGGCUGGCCUCAAUCAAGAUGGAUCAUAGAUUCAUAUUCAUAUCGUUUUUCGUCCAUUUUUGCAAGAUUUCAUUCAUUGUUAACCAGCCAACAGGAGCCAACUUCUCACAGGAACAGGAAGAGGAAGGUGGUGGAGGAGAAGGAGAAGGAAGAGGGGGCCGGUUCUUCUAUAAUCAAGGCUCCAUUUCCAUUUCUCUUCUCGCUCUCUGGUUCGGGGGUGCAGUAGGAGGAAGAAGAAGACGCCGCCAUUCUUGAUGGGGUCCCUGUUCGGCGACUGGCCGUCCUUCGACCCCCACAACUUCAGCCAUUUUCGGCCCUCCGAUCCUUCCAAUACCUCUAAAAUGACCCCUACUACCUAUCACCCUACUCACAGCAGGACCCUGCCACCACCUGACCAGGUGAUUACCACCGAAGCCAAGAACAUUCUGAUCCGAAAUUUCUAUCGCCGCACUGAAGAAAAGUUGAGACCAAAGAGAUCUGCCUCCGAGCUUCUCAAUCCAGAUCACGGGUCCAAGCAGCCCAGAGCUUCUGCAUCAGUGACAGAUCUUUCUGAUUGAGCUUCUCCUUGCUGGAGUAUGUCGGCGAUUCAGGAAAGUUGAGAACAGUAUCUGGGUCUCCCUUGUAUAUAUAUCUUAUAAUGGCUCGAAAAUGUGUCUGGAAAGGCUGUAAUCUGUAUGCUUGGAAGAAUGUCACUAGCAGCUUAAAACAUGGAUGAGAAUGUAAUUUUCGGUUAUAUUGUGUGUACAACAAGACCAUAAGUUAUACCUACAGAUGAAUUUGUGAUUACCAUUUGUCAGGAUUACCAAGCAAAGAGAUGAUCCUUUGUUCUA